UUUGGUCCCGCGCCGCCGCCGCUCAGCUGGCCACACGCCGUACACGCUGCCGCCGCAGAAGGACGCUCCUCUCUGCUGCCGCUGUGACGCCCGGGGGCGGCGUGCUCCGCUCUCACGACCGCUGGCCAAGAGAAGGACAACCUUGACGGACGACCUGCUCUCCUGGGCCACCGCCGCGGAGGAUCGGCCCAACGAGUUCUUCCUAUCGCUACCGGGGUGUCUCUCUUCUUCUCUCCUUGGCGCCGGUUGACCGCGUCCUGCCUGGUAUACGAGGCACCCGGCGUCAUCGCCUUGCGCGACAGGCUGGUUCGAACCCCCCACCCGACUUCAGGAGACCUCGGUUGGUUCGGCACGCGACAGUGUCGCACGGGCAACGUUCGCGACGCAAUCUUCGGGCGAGGGAAGAAAGAACUCCGCCGCCUUGCCACGGGUUGUUCUUGCAGGCGGCGCGUCGCCGCAGGAGUGCCGCCGCUGCCGGCCCCGUUUCUUUCCGCCUUCCUUUUGUGCUGUCGCCCCGCCGCCGCUAUCUUCCAAUUCCGCCGCGACCGCGCGCGCGCGGCAGCGAGUGACAGACAGCUGACGAGAAUGAGGAAGAGGAGAUAAGAGGGCCUCGGCGAAGACACCUCGCGAAAGGCCUUCCCGGUUCCGGAUUGGAUUGUGGACUUGCCUUCGUUUGACGCGGGCGCGUGCCCCCCCGCCUGCUACGCACGCUUUUUACGCGCCGUCGAAAGGCGUCCUUCUUCGGCGGGCCUCUGGCUUCUUCGAACGACGUCUCUGCGACUUCCAUGAGUAUUGUGCUGCUGCCGCCGGUGACCGCUGGUGUCGCGACGCGUGGUCGCGUGCCUGCCGCCUAGAGUGGGAGUCUUCGCGCGGGAAUGCUGCCUCUGAGCUACGGCCUCGAGAUUGUGCAGCUCUUCGAGCCCCGUUGGGCGGACCACGAAAUCAGGUUGGAGAGCUCUUCGAGCGGCGGCUGCCGACUGGCGCAGGGUCCUAGCAGCGGCGCGAGCUGCGGCGCCGGAGGCGGCCAUGGGUCGUCCUCUGCCGCUGCGGCCGCGGCCGCAGCACGGCCCGUCGAGCUCGCCUUCCGGGGCCUGAGCGUGUCCUGCGGCAGCAAGGCCCUGCUGCAGGACGUCUCCGGCCUCGUGCGACCGGGAGAGAUGCUCGCCGUCAUGGGACCCUCCGGCUCUGGCAAGACAACCCUUCUGAAUGCCUUGGCUGGUCGCAUCCGCAUGGACUCUGGCGUUGUUCUACUCAACAGUGAGCCACUGAACAAGCAGCUCCGCAGGCGCAUCUGUUAUGUCCUCCAGCAAGACAUAUUCUUUCCAGACCUCACACUCAGGCAGACACUCAAUUACACAGCACAACUGCGGCUCCCCGAAAGCAUGUCAUACCAUGAGAAGAUGGAACAUGUCAACCAAAUCAUCGACGUCCUGGACCUCUCAAGGUGUCAAGACACAAUAAUAGGCGAUGUGAUGAAGCGUGGCUUGUCUGGCGGCGAGAAGAAGCGUGCGAGCAUAGCCUGCGAACUGCUCACAAAUCCCACUGUCAUGCUCAUUGACGAACCCACCUCAGGUCUGGACUCCAGCACAGCGCAUUCACUCAUGUCCACCUUGAAGGAGUAUGCCCACAGAGAGAACAAGACCCUCGUCAUCACCGUGCAUCAACCCUCUAGCCAGAUAUUCUACAUGUUCGACAAGCUUCUCUUGCUCUGCAAUGGGCAGACAGCCUACUAUGGUGACGUCAACAAAGUAGUCGACUUCUUCAGCAGCAUAGGUCUUCAAAUCCAGCAGCAUUUUAACCCAGCUGAUUUCAUCCUUGAACAAGUGAAGAGGUCACCAGAAAUCCAAGAGAAAAUUAUCCUGAGUGCACAAGAAUUAAAAAAACAUCCAGACUACCCAAAGCAGCUGCUUGAAACCAGCGAGGUCUACCACAGUCCAGAAGACGUGGAGAGCCAGUGCAACUACAACGGGGCAGCUGCAAAUGUCGUCAAUUGCCCGCAGUGUCACAAGCAUGUCUGGAAAACCUUCCAGCACAAGCACACGGAGGAGGACUCGUGUCACAAAGAGCUGCCGGGGGACAACCAGCAGUAUGUCUGGGCUGUGUCCGAGGACGACAAGCCAGGCGCAGAAAAGUCUAAGCAAGUGGAAUUGCGAGUAAUGCUUGACCCCGAGAAGAAGAUCCCCACAGUGUACAGCAAAAUUGCCAUCCGGGACGACGAGGACUCGGGCCGCUCUUCGUGGUCUGAAGUUGGCAGCUCUGUGUUCAGCAGUCAGGACGACUUGGGCCAUGAGCAGAAGUGGCCAACAUCCUUCUGGACUCAGGUGUCAGUGCUGACACGGCGUAACUUCCUCGAAGCCAAGGGCCGUAUGCUGUCCAAGCUGAACUGGGUUCAGACCAUCGGCCUGGGCAUUGUGUGCGGGCUCAUCUGGUUCCAAGUGGACCGCACUGAAGAAACUAUUGCUGACAUCAGGGGCUGGAUCUUCUUCAGCACAACAUACUGGAUGCUGUUUGCGUUGUUUGGCGCACUCAUAUCUUUUCCUCCCGAGCGUGAAGUGAUCAACAAGGAACGGGCGUCGGGCGCCUACCGCCUGUCAGCCUACUACCUGGCCAAGAUGAUAGGGGAGCUGCCGCUGACGUUGACGCUACCGUCUGCAUUCCACCUUAUCGCCUACCCCAUGCUGGGCUUUCACAGUGCACAGACGUUCCUCAGCUUAUGGGGUUUCCUCGUCCUAAGCACAGUAGUAUCGCAGAGUGUUGGACUCUUCAUCGGCGCCACCUGCACCGACCUCCAAGUGUCUGUGACAGUGUCGGCACUGUACUCUCUGUCCACAAUGCUCUUUGGGGGUUACUACGCCUCUUCCCUGCCACACUGGUUACGGUGGCUGCAGUACUUUUCCAUGGUGCACUACGCCUUCCAGAACAUGCACAUAGUCGAGUUCAGCAGUGGGCCGGAGGUCAGGUGCCUGUCACGAAACUCCCACUUCACGGCCUGCAAUACCGGGGGGAGUGUCAUUCCUGUCGAGGACAUCAUAGGUGACCACGGCAUGCCACUGCCCAUCUGGGCGAACACAUUGGUACUCAUCAGCUUCCUCGUCUUCUUCCGUGCACUAGGAUACCUUGUGCUGCGAUACGUUCAUAAACCCAAAUAGGACAAUCUUGGCUUAGUAAUCUAAGGACAAGCUUUAUGCCUUCGUCAUGAUGGCAGUGCGGUGCCGUCUUUUUGCACACAAGGACCACAAGCCAACAAACUUUCUAUUCAUUACAAAGCACAGAGAACAGCGAGAGAUGGCGAGACAAAAAAAGAAAAAAAAAAUCUACAGAUCGCCUCGCCUCCUCGCUUUUCAUCGAGCAUCUUGGCAAGUUGCACCGACUCUUCAGGAAGCUUCGACGCACUUUCCUACUGACCAACCAUGCAGCUAUUGAGAAGUCUUACUGGGAGCGUAGCUGCUAUGCUGCCAUCUUCUUACAUAGAAAAGCCUUCAAGCCACAAUGCCUGUGAGCCUCUUCUACAUGGUCUCGAGCCCGCCUGUAACUGACAUUGACCCAAGUGUGUUCUUCAAAAACUGCUUGAGGUGAGAGGCUGCAAAGAAGGCGAUGGUGCACAACAUCCAACGUGCCAAAAAAAAAAUGAAGAGGACAUUUCCAGGAGGAGCUUUAGUCCCUGCACGGGCAAACUCUUAUGCCCGCUCAUGAAGACGCCUGUACACGUAGUGCACGGAGGAACUCUACGAUACAACGGACACUUCCAUGGACACUUCAGUGGACACUUGAAUUGUUGUGCCGGGCUGGUGGUGUGGAUGCUGUGACUACUGCCGCGAGUGAUUGGUGUGACUGUUUUGAGUGUGAAAGAAAAUGCGUGUGCGUUGCGCCGUUUUUCAUGGCAUCGUUGCCAGCGAGCGGUGGAGCAUCCUCCGAGGUGCAGUGGAAACCACUUUCAUCACACACAUACACACGCAGCCACCUACACGCAAAUGGGUGAAUGAGAUGCCCCGGUGAUAGUACUUCCCGGGGACAAGAGUCUCUCACUCGUUUGUCUCGAAGCCCUUCUCUCCUCCUUGCGCCUCUACAAUUUGCCUGCCGAAAAGAGGGAGAGAUGGAAAAAAGCAUUCGCCUCCUCAUCUAGACCCCCCUCCCCCCCUCUUAAGGCCAAGAAAGGGAUUAUAGCUUUGGUCUUGUCUGCCUGCUGAUCCCCAUUUUCUUCCCUUGUUUACUCCCUUCCCCUUGGCUGAAACGAAACUGCUUGUGUUUUGUUUUUGCACGCUGUGGUAUGGAUCUCACGACGGCAAACGCCAUGGCGCUAGCAGUGACAUACCAAAGAAAAUGUGUAGCAGAUGCGCAAGUUAACUCCUCGCCCUCAUCCCCCCCCUCCCUUGCGACAAACGGUGAGAAUGUAGAGAUAGAGAAAGCCAGCAAGUACUGCCAAAACCUGCUGUUUGCUGUUUUGGAAAAACUUGAAUGCAGGAAGCUAGCAAAACAAGAAAAAAAGAAAGCACAUUGUACUAUAGUAAUAUCGCCUCGCACUUCAUGGGACUACUACUGUGAGUGAGGCGCCAAGUGAGAAGAAAGGAGAGCUUUCCAUUUUUCUCUUUGUGUCUGCCACGCUCUGCCCCAGACGACACACAAAUACUCUCGUUAUUUUUGUAAGGCUGCUUUUUUCCUGGCGCUGCUGGGAGGACAGAUGGGCUAAGUUAAAUGCUGCAUCUGUCAGCCUCUUUGUGGACUUCGGGGUGCACAUGAAUGUGUUUUUCUCUUCUUUUUCUUCUUUACAAUCUGAAGACUGCCUGGCAUUCUGUCUGGUAUCUUUCUUUUCACCAACUCGUGUUGGAAUGUGUGCGUUAAUGUGACACCUCCUUGCUUGUCUAGCUGUCGUCUGCCCAGCUUUCUGUUGUUUACCGAGAAGCGCCUUUACAACUCGGCUGAAUACUCGCCAGGUGCAGGUUACUUGGAAUGCUUCUAAAACAUUGACGCUUGGUUGUGUCCGAGCUGAAUGCUGCAAGCCUAGUAUAAUACCAAGCAAUGUGGUCAUCUUGUCGUUCACAUGCGUUUGUAGAAGUUGCAAGUCUUGCACCUAUCUAUACAAGGUGUACUUAAUUCCAGUUAGCGAGACAAGGGACAUGUUUCAUGCUGCACUUUUCAGACUCGUGCAGAGUUAACUAGCGUCACUUUCUUACAGUGUGGUCACUGUUUAGCAUUGCUGUUGCGAGAGUGUUUUGCUCAGCUUCUGCCUUCACAGCAAAUGAAUGUGUAGUUGUUUUCAUCAAUUAACAUUGAUGCAGCAAUGAUUAACCCUUCAAGGACACGUUUUAGUGUUCCAUGAAAUUGUGCGUAAUAUUUACAGUGCCAGAAUCCAUGCAGUGGAAGUAACGCCGAUCAAAAUUAACCUUUCCAUACAUGUAACUCGGGAACCAAACUUUUAUUGCACUUUCGCUCAGUAUUCCAAAGGACCUGCACUCUGUGAGCAGCCAUGAAAAUGUUAAUUCACAUUUUUGCCAUGGUCUGACUUGUACGAAGCACAUAGCCGACUUCAAGGACAUAAAAUUGUCAAAUUGGGACACAUUAAACCAUAAGUGUACCAGGUGUAUUGAGCAAACUGACAUGCAGUUAUUGCAACACUUCAUUCCACAGUGCGUGCACGUUCGUGUGAGCCUUGGCUGUACAUGGUUUUUCUAAUUGUGCUUUUUUUCCUUGCUGUGCCAAGUCUCACUUUGCAGCUACGUGCAAUUGGCCAUUGUUGUGUAUGGUUGUUAUCGUAGAGAGGUUGCACUGACUGCCAGUGCUCAAGUGCUUGCAAGCAGCCGAGAGGAGGAGACGACAGGAAGCGUAUAGAACUAGUUUUUUCUUUUCCUCUCCUUUGCUUAUGAGUAUAUAAAAAAAAUGUUAUUGUAAGAGCUAGUUAAUAUAUUCAUAUGAACAAACUCGUUCGUCGAUUCCAGUCCUCAGACAAAACUCUUGAGCAACUUGCACUUUUGAUGCUGGCAGCCAGUGAAAGCAAAAACUGCGCUCUCAGCUCCUCUCUUAUUUGUUGUUGUUUUGAUCGUGGGAACUUUCUCUGCACGCCACUUGUUGCGCCCAAAGGGCUGCAUCUUUCCACACUGCUAAAAUUGUUUUCUUUGAACUGUGAUCCUCUUACGUUUGACUCGUUCUAUGAAGUGAACAAAUUUUUCCCCCCACUUGUCCCCUCCUCAUUCUAAAUUUGUAAUUGACCAUUGGCUUUGCUUCUGACAGUUUCAAUGCAAGCAUCUACCCUGCCACAGGAAAAAAAGAACGCCUUCCCACUCCCUGUUUUUUUUUCUUUUGGUCUGUCCCGGGCAUUACCUGGAAUGAACUUAAGACGAAAACAAAGCUUCCGGCACUGGCAUUGCACAGUGCACAGACGCUUUGUAUCAAUAUUGCCUGCCACUUUCUGCGACUCUGCCCUUCCUGGACUGCACAACCUAAUCUGAACUUGUUUUCGGACUCCCGCUUCAGAAACUGUUUGCACCGAUUCCCUCCUCCUUGUCGCGUCCCCCCUUCCCCACCCCUCUUUUUACUGGAGUCCAACUUGGUGGCCUUCGAGUCGUGAAGUGCAUAACCACAAUUUAAUAAAUUAUUUUGGAGUUUACUCCCUCUCCUUAUAAGUUUGUAUUUAGGUUCUCUUCAAAGUGAUUCUUCCUCGACCCCUUUGCCCAUGCCAUGUAUCCCUGCCCCACCCACCACCCACACCUUCUCAUCUGUGUUUUUUAACCUGUCAUAAGUCAGUAUUUCCUCUCUUGACCAAGUGUUUGUAAAUAUUUUCACCGAUUAUUAAUGUCCUUACGAAUUAAAUGUUUCAUCUAUUUUAUUAUGCA